AUGAGAAAAAAUUGUAAAGCUGAUGCUGGUGAUGGCGUUGACGAUGCAAAUUUGGUAUUUGAAACUGCAAAUGCUGCAAUUUUGAAGCUGACGAAACAGCUCAAAUGGAUGGAAGAAGAUAUUCUGGCUGCUGAAUCUUCUUUGAGAACGGGGCCUCCAUCUACAUAUGCUGAUAAAGUGUUUGAAAAUGACAUAAACAUUGCUAUCAGGUUGACUGAAAAAGCUUACAAAGAUUGUUUGUUUAGGGAGGCACUUAAGAAUGGGUUUUACGACUUACAAGCUGCUCGAGAUGAGUAUAGAAUUUCCUGUGGCAGUGACGGAAAUAUGAACCAUGACUUGAUAUUGAACUUCAUGGAUGUGCAAACACGCCUCAUUGAACCAAUCUGUCCCCAGUUUGCAGAAUAUGUAUGGAGGAAACUUUUGAAGAAGGAAGGUUGUGUGGUGACAGCUGGCUGGCCUACAUCAAAUGAGCCAGAUUUGGUUCUCAAGAGUGCUAACAAAUAUUUGCAAGAUUCUAUAGUCUUAAUGAGAAAGCUUCUACAAAAACAGCUCUUGGGUUCCAGGAGGGCUGCUAAGAAAGGUGCUCAAGUAACAGCAGUGCCAGAGAGGAAUUUAAAAGGCCUAGUAUAUGUCAACGAGCAAUUUGAUGGAUGGAGAGCUCACUGCCUCAAUAUCAUGCAAAGAAAAUUUAACCAACAAACCUGUCGUUUUGCCCCUGAUGAAGAGAUACUUGCAGAACUAAAGGAGAUAUUACAGAAGGAGCGACCAGCAGAAACAUUUGAACAUGAACAGUGCAUGUCUUUCCUUAAGUUUAAGAUGGACAAGGCUAAAUCUAUUGGCGCUCAGGCCCUAAAUUUGAGGUUGCCUUUUGGAGAGAUUGAAGUCCCUCAGAGUAACAUGGACUUGAUCAAGCGGCAACUUGGUCUUGAAGUAUAUUCUGCAAGUGACCCUGAUGAUGUUUUAAAAUCUGGUCCACAUGCUUCACUGGUGGAUAAAACUCCUCCAUCUGCGGGCAAUCCAACCGCCAUCUUUGUGACCAGUAAGCGAGAAGAAAAGUUUUGAUGGAGAUUUUGAAGAAAUUUCAAAGUUACGUGAUCAAUCUGCAGAAGACAUAAUAACCAAGUUGGCUUUUGGUAUCUUUAAAGAGUGUGUUGACAUUGACUAGAAAAGUAGAAACUCCGUUCCAUUUUAACAUUUCUCUACUGUUAAACAUUUAACUAAUGUUUUGAUAGUGGUAUGAUACUUUUGAUACCCUUUUCGACCUGCUUUAGUACGGGUAUGAUGCUUUUGAAACCCUUUU